UCAUGUGGGUUUUCGUACUUGAGCGCAAGCGGAUUUCUCUCCUCUUCAAGUGAUUCGAAGGAACGGAACGCUCCCUCGUGCGUGGCGCACGAGAUCAGUAAACAUGGUGCUUUUACACGUGUUGUUCGAGCAUGCAGCUGGAUAUGCGUUAUUCGCUGUUAAAGAAGUGGAGGACAUUGGAAUGCUUCUACCUCAGGUGGAGCAAAGUGUCCUAAACCUUGGCAAAUUCAGUAGCGUGAUCAAACUGAGUGCAUUCUUCCCCUUUAAAUCCGCCCAGGGUGCACUGGAAAACAUCAAUGCCGUCUCAGAAGGAGUUGUCCAUGCGGAUCUCAAGUUGUUCUUGGAGACCAACCUUCCGUCCGGAGGUAAAAAGAAGGCAAUGUUGGGGGUUUCAGAUGCUAAACUUGGGGCGGCGCUUCAAGAAGAGCUCAAUCUGUCCAUUCAGACUGGAGGCGCUGUAGCUGAAAUCAUAAGAGGUGUGCGUCUGCACUUCCAUUCCCUGGUCAAGGGACUCACCGCUCAGGCUGCGUCCAAAGCUCAGCUAGGUUUGGGUCACAGCUACUCCAGAGCCAAAGUCAAGUUCAAUGUCAACAGGGCAGACAACAUGAUCAUCCAGUCCAUCGCCCUCCUCGAUCAGCUGGACAAAGACAUCAACACGUUCUCCAUGCGUGUGCGUGAAUGGUACGGCUACCACUUCCCAGAACUGAUAAAGAUAGUGAACGAUAACAGUAUGUACUGUAAGCUGGCCAAGUUGAUCGGGAACAGGAAGGAACUGACUGAGGAGAUGCUGGAAGCUAUAGAGGAGAUCACAAUGGACAGUGGCAAAGCUCAAGCUAUCCUCGAUGCGUCCCGCAGCUCUAUGGGUAUGGAUAUCUCUCCUAUUGACUUGAUCAACAUUGAGAGUUUCUCCUGCCGUGUAGUGUCUCUCACAACGUACAGACAGGGACUGCAAGAGUAUUUGCGGUCUAAAAUGGGCCAGGUGGCGCCAAAUCUUGCGGCUCUCAUUGGUGAAGUGGUUGGUGCUCGUCUAAUUUCUCACGCCGGCAGUCUGACAAACCUAGCCAAAUAUCCGGCCUCCACCGUGCAGAUUCUGGGUGCAGAGAAGGCCCUGUUCAGGGCGCUGAAGACCAGAGGAAACACGCCAAAGUACGGUCUCAUUUUCCAUUCAACGUUCAUCGGGCGUGCAGCUGCCAAGAACAAGGGUCGUAUCUCUCGUUACCUGGCCAACAAGUGUACCAUUGCAUCACGCAUUGACUGCUUUUCUGAGGUUCCCACCAGUGUGUACGGUGACAAGCUGCGUGACCAGGUCGAAGAACGUCUGGCAUUCUAUGAGACAGGAGACGCGCCACGUAAGAACCUGGAUGUCAUGAAAGAAGCUGUUGCACAGGCUAGUGAGGUAGCUGCCGAAAUCAAGCGCAAGCUCGAAAAGAAGGAAAAGAAGAAAAAGAAGCGCGAGAAGAGGAAACUAGAAGCGCUCUCCACAGCUGAAGGAGAUGACGAGGAAAAAGCCAACGGCGAGGCUGAGGUACAUGUGAGUAACACUUCAUCUGUGGUGUUUAGCACAGGGGUUUCAACCUGGGGAGGUCUGUAA